AAGCUAUUUAUGCUGGAUUUGGGUCAAACGACUUAUUUGCAAAAAAAAUAAUGGGAAGAAAGGGCUGUAUAAUGAGAUACUGCAAGACUCAGAUAUUGGUUGGAAAUAACCUUCAAAUUACCCUCAAUUUCCCUUUGUUUUCAGUUUUUCAAAAAAAUGAAUGAAAUGAAAUAUAGAAGAAUGUUAACCCAUAUAAAAAUAAAGUGUACCCAAGUAUUGUAAUGUAUAUUGCUCCUCUUCUUAAAAUUAAAUAAGGGUUUAAAACCACUUAAUUGGUAAUUGACAACAUCUCAAUUGACACAAACAAGGUGUGCUUGGUAUUCAUUACUAUGUUCUUCCAAAGAUCUGUCUUUGGUUAGAAACACACAAAAAUUAAAACUUUCAAUAGUGUCUGUUUAUCUGUCUCCACAUAUUUCCAGCAUAUGUAGCGUUAAUAGGUCUGUCCUGGUAACUACGUGUUUGGGGUUUCAUUUUGGUUCCACCAAAUUAGGACAAGAAAUGGCUUAGUUGUAUGUGAUUAGUUAGAAAUUCUUCGAGCCAGACACCUGCUGUUUAGUAAAUACUUAGUACAGAGUCUAAACUUGUCAUUUGUUUUUCCUCACAGAGUAACAACCCAUUCAUUGCUGUCUUCCCAACUUCCAAUGACCUUUCAAUAAUACUCUUGCCUCUAGAAUCAUCUGUUCAAAGUAUGCAUACACACCCAGCACAUAGUAGGUGCUCAAACAUUAAUUUCCUUCUUACCUCCCUUAUCACGUAUCUUCCAUUUCUCCAUAGGAUUCCAACCCAAUAGUAAAUGACAUUUACACGUUUCAAAAACACCUAUUGGGCAAAAUUGGAUCUUACUUCGAUAAAGCAAUUCUGACUUUCAUGUAAGCUUUGAUAGGUAGGAAAAAAAAAAAAAACAGGGAAGAAAAUAUUCUUCACUAGAAUAUUGUCCAGUUUAGAAAGAGAUGGAAAUUGCUGUGUAACGUUCAGGUUACUUUGAUUUAAACACAUGUUUUUGGUAGAUUUCUUUUCCUCAAAGUACUCUAAAUACAACUUCUUGCUGGAUUCCUCACCUGUCAUCAUGUUGGAAACCCUUACUAGACCUAUGUAUUUAGGGAGUUUUGUCAGAAAACAUUUUUAACUUGCAGUAUUUAAAAGAAUCCUAUUUACUGUUCUUAAAAUGUCAUUCAAAUGCAUGUAUUGUCUAUUGUUUGGGGAUGGGAACUAGUUUUGCAAAAAACACCUAAUGUUGUAUAAUAAUGCCCCAAUGAUCUUGCUGGUUAAAAAUACAGUAUUUUUGGCCAUAA